CAUUUCUUUAUGGUUAUAUUCUAAUUUCAAACUAACCAACCUGUAUUAAUUUUCUCAAAACUAUACCAAGUCCGUCUUUGAACGAGUAUGCUACACAAAGAAUAUAUUGGAAAGGGUCUGUGACAGGAAAAAGAAAAAUUGAGAGCUGGAGAGAGAAAGAGGAGGAGAUGGGUGAGUCUAUAGAGAGAGCGUUGAGGUGCUUAGGCAAAGGUUUUGACGUAGCCUGCGACUUCAGAGCCAAGUACUGCAAGGGCAAAGAGAGGCUGGUUGUGAUCAAUGAGGAAGAGAGAGAAGAACUUGUGGUACCCGGGUUUGGAUCUGUUGCAGAUGUUUCUGUCGAUAUAAAAUGCGAUAAAGGUGAUCGGAUGCGGUACCAAUCCGACAUCCUUGAAUUCAAUCGGAUGUCUGAACUGUUCAACCAGAAGAGCUCACUGGAAGGGAGGAUCCCUUCAGGACACUUCAACUGCAUGUAUGGAUUCAAUGGCAACUCAUGGGCUAGAGAUGCCUCUGACACUAAGUACUUGGCCAUGGAUGGUUUCUUCACCUCCCUCUUCAACCUUCAUAUCGAUCGAUGCCCUCUUGCUCUCUCCGAUCGUGUCAUCAGGGCCCUUCCCUCGACGUGGGACCCACCUUCCCUUGCAAGGUUCAUAGAGAAUUAUGGUACCCAUAUUAUUGUCGGACUAAGUAUGGGAGGGCAGGAUGUUGUAUAUGUGAGGCAAGACAAAUCCUCCAACCUCUCACCCUCAGAGAUCAAACAGCAUUUGGACAAGCUUGGUGAUGAGAUCUUCACUGGGACUUGCACCCUCUCUCCCCAUCCAAGGGAAUCCAAAUCGAAAGGCCAUAAGGUUCCAGAGGCUUUCAAUAUCUUUGACCCUCAACCCAUGGUUCUUGAUGGCUUCACCACUGUAUCAUGUAAAGAUGGAAUAACAGUCGUAAGCUCAAAGAGAGGAGGAGACGCAAUGGCGAGCAGCCAUUAUGAAUGGCUUUUCACAGUCCCUUCGAUGCCCGACGUCAUCAACUUUACUUUUGUGCCUAUCACCUCCCUCCUCAAGGGUGUUCCUGGCACUGGCUUUCUCACUCAUGCUAUUAAUCUCUACCUCAGAUAUAAGCCUCCUAUAUCAGACUUGCAGUACUUCCUGGACUUCCAAUCUCACAAGGCAUGGGCUCCUUUGCUAAGUGACCUCCCUCUAGGCCCAAUCUCAAAUCGAUCAAUACAAAAUUCAUCCCUUCACGUCAAUCUCAUAGGUCCUAAGCUCUAUGUCAAUACAACUCCGGUAAUUGUCGCAAGGAGACCCGUGACCGGGAUGAGACUCCACCUUGAAGGCAAAAGGAACAACCGGUUAGUACUAAAGUUAGCAGUCCACCUUGAGCACCUGUCCAAUACUCCCACAUUCCUCGAAAACUGCCACGAGACAUAUGGCUCCUUAUGGAGAGGAUCAGAGAUGAUCGCUGACGAGAGAUUCUAUGAGCCAAUUCAACGAAAGAAACUCUCUCACGUGUGCACUGUCCCGGUGAAGUAUGAUCCACAGUGGUCCACUCAAAAAAGAAGUGAAUCAGCAUUCAUCGUUACUGGAGUUCAGCUCCAUGUAACACCCUAUGACUCUACUAGUGUUCUACACAUUCGGCUUCUCUUCUCAGAGAUUCCAGGCUGCAUCAUUGGCCAAUCAAAAUGGGAGCGAGGCUCAUUGGGUUUCUCUCAAAAGACAGGCUUCUUCUCGUUCACAAAUAACAGUGCUGAGAGAGAGCAAGAGAGGCAGGAACAGCAGAGGCCAGUUGUAUUGGUUGACUCGGGUGUUUACCCUGCAGGCCCACCAGUGCCGGUGCAGGCUCAGAAGCUUCUAAAGUUCGUAGAUACUUCACAUAUUUGUAAAGGUCCACAAGAUAGCCCGGGGUAUUGGAUGGUCACGGGAGCAAAGCUAGACUUGGAGAAGGGAAAAAUCGGUAUUCAUGUAAAAUUUUCUCUUCUAACUUUGGUAUCUUAAUCUGUAUAAAUAAUGAUGUAUAGUGGUAGAUUAAUUUGAUGUUACCAAAUCUGUUUCUUCUUUCCUUUUGUGGAUGCAUAAGAGGAGUUCUCUAGAGGGGAGUGAUAAAAGGAGGCGAAAGUAGUAUAGUGUACCCAGUUUAUUUUUUCAAUGCUUUAUUACAAUGUUUUUGAAGAAAUGAAAUUUGUUCCGGGAUGAAGAUAACUGAAG